AUGGCAGCAAACUAACGGAAACCCGAACUAACGGAAACUCAAACUAACGGAGACUCAAGUGUUGAUCUAAUUACACUGGUAUCGAUUUGUAUCAGAACCAACGUUGAAAUAAAUAUUAUCGAUUAUUUGGAUCGAUCUGCACACCAAUAGUUUGUGUCCGUUCGAGGAAGUGAAGGAGCUGCGGUUAAAGGUUGAGUUUUGGAAGUUGAAGAACCAGAAGAGUCGUCAUGUCGGCCAUAGCAAUUCUGAGACGUAAAAAACGCCGCAUUCAGUGGAUUCUGUCAGCAGACCCCCACCUCUUCAUCCAAAAACUUCUUCAAGAACAUGUAAUAACACACCAUGAACACAGGAACCUCAAACAAAAUAAAACCAGUAGAGUGCUGGUCAUCAGGGUCUUGAAUUUAAUCGUAACUAAAGGAGAAACCAUGUGCCGUCGUUUCCUGGAGCUUCUGCGAACUGAUGAAGACCUUAAAGCUGCUUUUCCAGGUUUACAGGAGAAACUCAGAGAUUAUGUGGAUCCAGAGACACAAGACGAGAGACACAAGAUGAACCUCCUCAGUGUUCUGGAAAAACUGAAAGAUGAAGAAUUUAAGGAGUUCAAGAGGAGACUUAAAGAAAAACCUAUGUUCAGAUGGUCUUGGCUGGAAAAGGCAGAAAGGACGGAUGUAGUCAAUGAAAUGACGGACUCAUAUGGUGAAUCUGGAUCCUUGAUGAAGACCAGGGGGAUUUUAGAGGACAUGAACAGGAGUGGUCUGGUCUGGAGGCUGACAGAGAUCUACUCAGAACCAGGAGGUGAAGGUGGACCAAAGACCCAGACUCCAGAGGAGAGCAAAAAGAUGAACCUCCUCAGUGUUCUGGAAGAACUGAAAGAUGAAGAUUUUAAGCUGUUCAAGAGGAGACUUUAUGAAGACCCUACAUUCCGAUGGUCCCGGCUGGAAAAGACAGAAAGGACGGAUGUAGUCGAUCUGAUGAUGGAUGUAUAUGGUGGAUCUAGAUCCCGGAUAACGACCAGGGCGGUUUUAGAUCACAUGAACAGGACUGAUCUGGUCCAGAGGCUGACAGAGAUCUACUCACAACCAGGAGGUGAAGGUGGACCAAAGACCCAGACUCCAGAGAAGGUGAUUUAUAGAAGUACUCGGAAAACAAAGAUUCAAAGACCAGUGGUGACCCUGGAGGCAUUUUCGAGAUCUGUGGCAUUUCGACAGGCAUCUAGUAUCCACCACAGUAUGCUGCCAUAUCUGAGUCACUUACCAUCCAAGUCACGGAGCACAAAUAUGGAGAGGAUCCUCCAGGACUUUCUGGAUUCACUGACACAGGAUCAGUUUGAUGAGUUCAAGCAGCACCUCAAGGAUAGAGAUGUGUUUAUGAGGGAGUCCAACCUGGAAACUGCAUCAAGGAGAAAGACAGUGAAGAUAAUGUUCCAGAUGUGUGGUGCAUCUCGAGCCAUGGAGGAGACCAGGAGGGUUUUAAACAAGAUGGGAAGGACUGAUCUGGUCCAGAGGCUGUCAAAGCUCUGCUCAACACUAGAAGGUCCAUCCGCUGCAGACCUACCCACCCCAAGUCAGACCUCAUCAUUCUGGUCACGUCAGUACACACCAAUCAGGUUCUACCCACAUUCAUCUACCCAAGGUCCAUCCACAUCAAUCGGGUUCACCCAAGGUUGGUUCACAUCAGACCCAUUCACCCCAGGUCCAUCCACAUCAAACCCGUCCGCAUCAGACCCAUCCCCAUCAGAGUCAUCCAUACCAAGUCCAUCAAAAUUAGACCCGUCCAUCCCAGGUCCCUGUACAUCAGACCCAUCCAUCCCAGGUCUGACCACAUCAGACCUGUCCAUCCCAGGUCCAUCCACAUCAGACCUGUCCAUCCCAGGUACCUGUACAUCACACCCAUCCAUCCCAGGUCUGACAACAUCAGACAUGUCCACCCCAAGUCCGACCCCAUCAGACAUGUCCACAUUAGGUCCAUCCACAUCAGACAGAAACCUGAGGGUGUGUGAGGAUGUCACAGAGGAUUGUGUGGAUGAAGAUGAUGAGAUGAAUCCUCAUGGUACAGAGAAACAGCAGCUUGUCUGCACAGAGGCUCAGGCUGGACCAUCUGACUGGGAGGAGUUCACACCCGAAGAUUCAGCAGAGUCUGGAACAACUAUGUACAGGUUCAGGUGUCCCCGUUCAGGUUCAUUCCAUUGUACUCGAACUGGAUUGGUGUUUGUCGUGCAUAAGGAGGCGGGCCUUCAGUACAGGACUGUCCAAUGGGAUGAGGACCUCUUGGAGUCAGCUAGUAGGACACCUGCAGGGCCGCUGUUCAGUAUCGAGUGUCCAGAUAACGCUGUUCGUCAGCUCCACUUCCCACACUGUGAAGAUAGAACCUGCUCCGCUCUAUGAAAACCUGCUGUCCAUCGCCCACAUCACUAACCAUGGAAUGAGCUUCAUUGAUGCGCUGGAGAUCACAGACACUCAUGUGGCCAUCGAUGUCCCACAUUUGUCUUCAUUUGGCGUCAGUUCGAGGCAUAGAAGAGGAACUAGACAAGUUAGAGGCCAAGUUCUGCUGUUCCUCACACCACCAAACACACUAGAAAUGCAUCUCCUGUCAAUCAACGUCAACGUGGACGACGUAAACGCUUUCGUGAAAAACAUGAGCCUAGAGCUAUGUACCUUCAGGGUGCCUGCUUCAUGCAAACUCAUCACAGAACACAAGUACAGCGUUGACUGCUGUUAUGAAGACGAGCAAAUACCACUGUAAAGAAAAAGUGUUUGACCUGAACUUUGGACCAAAUUAUCACAUGAUGUUUGAAAUCCGGCUUCCACCGACAACAACAGAAGUUUCUUUAACAGUCAAAGACCAAAACAACACAGAAGUGUGGGAUCAUAACAUGAACCUGCCUGCUCCUUGCUGCAUUUAAGAGGCCUCAGCAGGAUCGCCCACCAAAGAAGAAGCUGCUUUCAGUUGGAAGGAGACAAUGGAGACAACAACUGUGUAGAAGAAGAAAAAUCGGUGGAAAAUACAAG